AAGCAUUGAUUUUUUUAAUUCAGAUUGAUAGUUAAUUUGUGCAAUAAAAUCUAUAAUCUGCUGAGACUAUUAAAUACGUAAAUCUAUUAUUAGGACAAAAUUUAGCUCUUAUGGAAGGUGGGAGCUGCGUGAUACUGGAGAGGGAACACUGCCGAAUUCAAACGUCACAAAUCUACGAAAACUGCAUUGUCUUAGGGAACUUAAAAAGAAAUGCAACCUUGAAGGAAAAUUUAACGAUAAAAUUUGUAGCAAACGGCUUCAAUAAACACAUGAAAGACAAAAGAUUUAAAAUGGGAUACGAAUAUGUGGAAUGUCCAAAAAUUGAAACAACAACUGGAGCAAUAGACGAAACUACACAAAUUCGUAUUCUUCUUGCUUCAACAAUAAUAUUGGGAGUUGUCGCAGCCACUGCGAUAAUCUGCUUAAUAAGAUUAGAAGCUGCAAACAAUUUACGACAAGAAGUAAAAAAAAAGCCAGGCUGAAGAGAUGAACCCGGAACAGAACCAGGAAGUGGUUGGCUAUGAAAAUGCCGACACGACUAGGCAUUACGAAACAAUUGAGCCUUAUUAAAGUUCAUGCUGUCGAUAUAUAUUUCGUCGCUACUGCAUUUCACAUUAGCGAUAAAAAUGAAAUUUAAAAAAGCAACCAAGAAUCAGAUUUGGAAAAUCUUUAUAUCUUUUGAAGACAGACCUUUAACAACUAUUUCCAGUUUGUUUCAGAAUUGGCUUCUGAAAUUAUUGUCUUUAUUCCAAUAAAACCACUUUUCAGCAUUACGGAUCUAUAUACAGCAAAAUUAAUAGUUAUUCUAAUAAAACACGG